AUGGCAAAUUUGCCUAGGAUAUUAUUUCCAACAAUUAUCAUAUCCAUUACUCUUUUAUCAUUUUUCACUAGCAAUACCAAAACAGUUUCAGGUCGAUCUGCUUCCUUCAUAAAGCCUCAAACAAAAGAGGUUUCACUUCAGAAACCAACAUGCAUGAAACAUGGAUGUGUCGAGGACUUGCCGAAUAAUCUAAGAUUAAGUUCAUCUCUUCCUCCUAGUUUUCAUCGAAAAGCCAGAGUAAGAUUGGAAGAUAUAAAUCCAAGACAUUACAAUUACUUUCAACGUUAUAAUGAUGAUGAAAUUACAAGACUCGUUCCAGGAGGUCCUAAUCCACUUCAUAACCUUUAA